AUGUUACUGAAUUGCAUACGUUUCUUGCUCCUUUCGCUAAGUGCUAUAUAUCAAAUUCAGUUUUGUUGUGGACAGUUCAAUUUUACAUAUAACUUUGACCCGACCCCUGCACCUCUACCGUUCCCGCCAUGCAGAGCUGUCGAUAUUGCUUGUCUCCGACGCGGCUUGCGCACUUUCUUUUUCCUCAUGGACUCUGGACACUUGGGGAUGAAACCAGUUGAUCCUAUGCAAAUCAACAGCAUAGUUGUAGCAAUGCCUGAACAACAAGUUUCAUUUCUACUGAGGAAAGUUAAUGUUACCGGCGCAAGGUGGACGAGAUUAGCCGAAAGAAGAUUCAAUCUGGAAGGCGGUAAAAGUGGAGUCAGAUUUCUCAGCGAUCUUCAUGUUACGGGCGAGCUAACAAUGAGUAUGGCGCAGAGCACGAACCCUUUUAUAGCUUAUAUAACAAUGGAUAUGCAAGACGUAGAGAGCAACAUUACUUAUACUUGGACUGGCCAGCGUACUUUUAACAACGACGACUACAUAAUCAUUGGCCCGGAAAGAAUAGCAGUCAGAAAUACUCGGAUACCGACAUUUUUCUUGCAACCAGAUAGUGAAAAUGCAAGAAUCAUUGAACAAGUGCUGCAAUCAAGACAAUCCAUAUUAGAUCAUUUAUCCAAUGAAGUUGUGAUUGCUUUGAUGAAUUCAGUAGUAGACAACUUUAGAUUGUUUGCUAGUCAAGUACCAGUAAAACAUUAUUAUAAGUAUGAAUAG